AUGGCUAUACCACUUCGAUUAAGGCCGUUCGGUCUCACCCGGCAAUUACAAUCCUUCUCAAACGCAGCCCGGUGUCAAGGCUCCUCCUCAUCAAGACACUAUGCUACCUCCGAUCGACUCCCCAAAAUCGCAGACACAUCCGUAUGGACAGCAAUGAUCCCACGAUUCAUCCGCCAUCGCAAACCCCGUGACCCGCAAAGUAAAUCGAAAGAAUGGAAUCCAGCAACAUUCUACAUCGUCAUAUUCACCCUCAUCGGAUCGCAAGCUAUCCGCAUGCUCACAUUGAAGAACGACUACACGGCGUACCGGCGGAGUACGGAUGCGAAGAUCGAGCUGUUGAAGGAGGUCAUUGAGCGCGUCAAGCGUGGGGAGAAGGUUGAUGUGGAGAAAUUGUUGGGGACGGGUGAUGAGGCGCAGGAGAAGGAGUGGGAGGAUGUACUGCGAGAGAUUGAAGAGGAGGAUUCUCUUUGGCAUCGGAAGGAUAAGAAGGAAUCAGCUCAAGCUCAGCAAGUUGAGGAACAGACUCAACCGAUACAAAAGUCUCAACCGAAGGAGAAGGGGUCAACGACGACGACACCAAGCACAGAGGAGACGAAGAACCAGUCGCCACGGAAAACGAGAUUCUUCUAG